AUGCCUUCUCAUGCACCAACUACAACAGUUGUAGAUAAAGAGCACCACUGGACUCGGAUCUCGCCAGCCCUCUAUGCCACUCCUGAAUCAACUCCACUUCGUGAUUCCCCAUCUUCAUUUCCCCCAGCACCUUACAUUAUUUAUCACAAGCGACGGGGCCCACGGCUCAUGAAGAGUUUCUCUGAAUAUGACGUUGCAACUUGGAAGAAUAAAUCCGAUGAGAUCAAGGUGGAUAAGAAUGAGAGUAGGGCUGAAAAAGGUGUAUGCAAAGAUGACUCUAGUAUUCCUACAGAGGAAGCGACUAAAUCUGUCAACUUCAAUUUGCAGCAGGAUGAAGUGGUUGGUAGUCCAGUUGAUCCACAGGAUUCAGUGAGUGUUGAGGCCAUUGGUGAAAGUGUGGGUAACGGUGGAGCUGAACGGUCUUCUCUGAGUCAGUCGGCUCCAAUCACAGAGUUCUAUGAUGCUUGGGAAGAAUUGUCGUCAGAAAGUGGACACCAGCAUCCACCGCCAGAUAUUGAAACAGAACUGCGAGAAAUUAAACUGACUUUGCUGAUGGAGAUUGAAAAGAGGACUGAAUCUUCCUGCUGA